AUGCCAGCUCAACAAGAGCAAACAAGUCUCCAUCCUUGGCAAAAUGUACCAAAGAUGUGGAAGCCCCGAUGCAUUCUGGUGCACAUAGACCCCUCGGCAUCUCGCCUUAAUCCUCCCCUCAAAAUGGUAAGACACCAUUACUUCGGCUCACAAACAAAAAUGAGGGCACGUAGAGCUCCUUUGCAAGACCUAGAGGUGGGUAGCAUGGUUUCCACUUUGAAACAACUUGUUGAGAUCAAGCUGUGGCUGCAUGAGUCUCCCACCAUACUUCCCUUAAACAACACCAUGAUAGCUGAGAACAACGACAGAGCUCAGCAACUCUCGAGCAGUUUUUGA